AUGUCAGUAUUGCCAGCUGAGUUAGAUAUGUGCGAAGAUGCAAGGUCGAGGUUCACACAUACCAAAGCUUUAUUUGAGCAGUUAGAGCGAGGCGAGCAAUCGCAGUAUUAUUUAUCUCCUCGAAGCUCCCGACCACAGCCUCCACCAUUGCCACCAAAACCCGGCAUGCAGUUUCCCACUUCACCAUUAUCACAGGUGGCACGCAAUUUUUCGGAAUUAGUAUCUGACUUGGAUCGACUGUCAAAAACACAUUCUGAACAAACUUCAGUGGUCGACAGCACUGACCCCAUCAAUUGCUCAAUGUCAAAAUUGGAUUCAUUAUCCACCAAAAAGAUUGGUUAUGAACCGUACUGGCGUGAUCCAUUAUUCUAUAAACGACGAUACGGUGGCUUAGAAAAUAUUUCUACCAGUGAAUCAACUGACGGUGAAAAUCAAGAAGGUAUUGGCACAGCCUUACAUGACGAAAGUGAUAAGGAACAAAUAAUGAAGCAUACAACGUACGCACUGGUAAAAAGUCGUAAAUCAGAAAGUGAGGAUGUUGUUCAAAUCCAAGAUAACGUCGCAGGAAGUUGUGAGCUCAAUGUGCCUCUGGAGGAUUGCUCGAUGAGCUCGAAGAAUGACUUCAAUGAGGAUUUUUCGGGUGUUGCAGAAGUGAUUCGAGGAUUAUCUCCUGAAGUCGAUGUUGUCGGACGAAAAGUGUCAUUUAGUACCGCACCGAUUAAAGUUUUUUCAACUCAUAGUAUCGUGGAUUAUGACCGUCGAAACGACGAGAUUGAUCCGGUGGCAUCUUGUGCUGAGUACGAACUGGAACGACGUCUAGAUAAGAUGCAAAUAUUUGAUGUACAUUUGGAAAAGGGAGCCGAGGGACUUGGAGCACUUUUUUUGAUUUCACUUGUUGCUGUUUCUAUCAUCGGUAUGGGAGUGGGUGCUGAUUCUGGUUUGGAAAAAUUAGGUAUAUUUGUGAAGAGUAUCACUCCUGGUGGAGCUGUUCAUCGCAAUGGUCAAAUUCGUGUUUGUGAUCAAAUCGUAAGCGUUGAUGGCGUCAGUUUAGUAGGCGUAAGUCAGAUUUUUGCUGCUGAAACACUUCGAGCUACAGGGCGAAAGGUGAUUUUUACAAUAGGUCGGGAAGAAGACUUAGAAGAGAGUGAAGUUGCCCAACUUAUCAGGCAGUCACUUGAAGCUGAUCGUUUGCGAGAAGGGGAAGAGUUGGGUGAUGAUGAAGCCGAUAGCGAUGAUAGUGAUGAACCGGCGAUUUUGGAAGAGCGAAAAAUCAGGAAACGUAUAGCUGAUCUUGAAAUGGAACUAAGCGAAUCACAAAAAAAGACUGAUCAGAUGAAGGAAAUUUUGGAAAGCUCACGAGCACACUAUGCCAUGCUGGAGAGUAAAUAUGAGCAAGCAAAUCAGUUGUUACGAAGUUAUCAAGAAAGAGAAAAAGAACUACUAGAGCGUGAAGAGGCUCACGUGGAUCAGUUGCGACAAAAAGAUGCCCAUUAUAGUGCUCUUGUAAGUCAACUAAAAGAAAGAAUUGAAGAACUGGAAAAAAAGCUGGAUGAAAUGGCACAGCGACGUACAACAGUAAUGGAAGGUGAACUGUCAGAGUUGAAGGAACAGCUAGCAGCUCGAGACGUUAGUCCUGCUCUCGCGUACAAACCCACCGGUUCGAUAGAUCACACUUCCACAAAAACUUCUAAAAUGCUUGCUAUCAAAGCAACCAGUUUGUCUGGUAAAUCACCAUCAACCUCAGCAUAUCGUCGUAUUGUUGGAACUGAUAGCGCAUGUGAGAGUGCACCUGAAGAUGCAUCUGAUGAACAUAAAUCUUCCCGAGAUAGUCCUGUACCACGAAUUUCUGAGCCUGCAAGUCCUGCGAUACCCCAUAAGUUUGCUCAUAGACGGAUAUUAUUCCCUUUGAGGAGACGUUACAUUACAAUUUCAGCGGAGCAUGAAUUCUGGCGUGAAACGUUUCACUCUAUUCAGGGGCUCCAGGUACUUCAUUGGACGUGUGAUGAUGUUUGUCAGUUGCUUAUACAAAUGGGUUUGGAUAAAUAUAUUCCUGAAUUCACAGUUAAUCAGGUCAAUGGUACCAAAUUUUUGGAUAUGGAUGGGAACAAACUAAAGGCAAUUGGUAUUCAAAAUCAUUCCGAUCGUGCUGUGAUCAAAAAAAAGAUCAAGGCUAUCAAAUCAAAAAUUGAACGGGAGCGGAAGCAGCUGGAAAAAGAAAGUAGAUUGAGAACAGUUGCGCCUGUACAUUAG